UUUAGCACAAUUUAACGGGUUGAUUGCACUACUUGUGAUUUUAGUUCUCCAUAAAAGAUACAACAAGGCAUAUGAGAAAUAAGUAUUCACUUCCAAAUAUUGAAGUCCCGUGAUCAGAUCUUUUGCUCAUAGCUAAAGUGGUUGCUUUCGAAUUGUUUAGAUAUAUGUUAAUUUGUAACUUUGAAUGAAAUGAAUGAAGUGAACAGUGAUCAACUAAAAUGAAACAAGCAUAAAUAAAUUGGACUAGAUUAUAAGUCACUACAUCGUCCAUAGGGAGCCGAAACGCAGGAGGAGAGCGAAUUGUACAAGGAAUCUGGAAUUGCCUUUUUUUAUUUACCUCUGUACCUCAUGGAAAUUCCGCCUGUUCCCAACAAGUAUCAAUCAAACAAUCGGUAAAAAAUUGAGCACUACUUCGACAUUUGCUGUGUGUCAAGUUUGUAAUGUAUGAAAUGCGUUUCAAAACUGGCCCACAUGUAUUUCAAAGAUUCAUUAGCUGUGGAUUCCAUCUGUCCCAUCUAUAUUUUGUAUGGAGACUACAUAAGCUUCAACAAUUUUUUAAAUAAAUGUUACCUAUACUUUGGCUUAACUAAGAGAAUUACAAUAUGACUUGGAUAUCAGAAGCAGGUCGGAAACCUUUAUACUCUCUCAUCUUUAUAUUGACAUUAUAUGUUUCUGCUAGUACCACAGAGACAUCAAAUUACUUUGAUAUGCAAGGACCGAGUUUUUCACUAGAGCCACCGAGCAGAAUUGAAUUUUUGAAUACAGUUGGAAACACAGCUCACUGUAUUGCUCAUGGAAAUCCUGUGCCGAUGGUUCAGUGGCUAGAUAAGGAAAAUAAUCCCAUCACAUCCAUAUCAAAGGUUCAACAUAUUUUCACAAAUGGUUCAUUACACUUUCCGCCAUUUGCCGCGGAAGAAUUUCGACAAGACGUGCACUGGGCGAUAUAUCGUUGUACAGCAUCCAACACCGUGGGCACUAUUAUAUCUAGGGAUGUUAUUGUUAAAGCAGUGGUCUAUCAACAUUAUGAACCGGAGGUCCAAAAUCCUGGUGGAUUUGUUGGCAGUAACAUUCUGAUUAAGUGUAACAUUCCGUCGUUCGUUAAGGAAUAUGUAACCGUAACCUCCUGGCUACAGGAACCAAACUUUAAUAUAUAUCCAUCUUUGGAAGGGGAUGGUAAAAAUCAUAUGUUACCGACAGGGGAACUUUUGUUAUAUAACAUCACUAAAAAUGAUUCCCAAAAAAUCUAUCGUUGUCGAACACAUCACAAAUUGACACAGGACUCCAAAGUCAGUAGUAAUGCUGGUAAAAUUCAAUUGACGGAAAUGCGGGAGCUUGUGCCUCCAAUAAUGAAUGAUAAGACUAUGUCGAUAUUGGCCAGAGUUGGAGAUCCAUUAGUUUUGGCAUGUGUUGCUUAUGCAAAUCCAAAGCCAACUUACAGGUGGCAUACAACACGUUCAAGCAAUGAGGAGUCCAUGCAACAUAUGCUCGCAACGGGACGGGCAAAAAUCAAAGAUGGCACUCUAAUUUUAUCCGCCGUUACAAAAACAGACGAUGGAUUAUUCUAUUGCACCGUCACCAACUCAGAGGGUAGCGAGACUUUGGAAGUGAAGCUAUCAGUUUCGUCGCCUUUGGGCGCAAGUGUACAGCCCCGUAUACAGACCGUGAAUCUUGGACAUACUGCUGAUUUAAUUUGCAGCACAUCUGGAUUUCCAAAACAACAAGUCUUAUGGUUUAAGGACGGAAAACCUCUGCGGUCCGGGGCUCGUGUGCGCCUUUUAUCAAAGGAACACAUACGCAUUACGUCCGUCGUCAAGGAAGACAAGGGAAUGUAUCAAUGUAUGAUAAAGAAUGACUUGGAAUCGAGUCAAAGUUCUGCCGAAUUAAGAUUGGGAGAAGUGGCACCUCAAUUGCUUUACAAGUUUAUUGAGCAAACUAUGCAGCCUGGACCUUCCGUUUCACUUAAAUGCAGCGCAAGUGGAAACCCUACACCAAAAAUUGUGUGGAACUUGGAUGGGUUUGCUCUACCCAAUAAUGACCGUCUUAUGAUUGGACAAUACGUGACCACAUUUGGUGAUGUUAUAAGCCAUGUCAAUAUAUCAGCUGUUAAAUCAGAGGACGGAGGAGAUUACGAAUGUAAAGCUAUUUCCCGCGCUGGGGAGGUCUCACACUCUGCAAGACUUAAUAUAUAUGGCAUGCCCUAUAUACGACAUAUGCCAAAGAUAUCCGCUGUCGCUGGAAAAGUGUUUGCCUUAAAAUGCCCCAUUGCUGGCUACCCUAUUGAAAGUGUGUUUAUUGAAAAGGACGGCAUUCGAUUGCCAAUCAACAUGUGACAGCGGGUCCAAAAUGGAACCCUUGUGAUCGACAACGUGCAACGAGCUGCCGAUCAAGGCACGUACACCUGUAUUGCGCGGAAUAAACACAACUACACGUCGCAGCGAUCAGUUGAAGUCAAAGUACUGGUACCUCCCCGGUGGAUUUUAAAGCCCACUGACCAAGACGCAAUCCUAGGAAAUUCAGUAAUUGUAUCGUGCAAGGCCGACGGAUUUCCCCAACCCACCAUUCAAUGGAAGCAAUCAAUAGGUGACUCUGGCGAUUACCGUGAUCUAAGUUAUGCCAUGAGCAAUGGAAACUCACAGUCUGCUAUUGUGGCCCAUACAAAUGGUUCCCUGAUAAUAUCCAAGGUCUCCCGAGAGCACGAGGGCAGCUACCUAUGUCAGGCAAGCAAUGGCAUUGGGGCUGGCCUAAGCACUCUAAUUAAAUUAACCGUUCAUGUUGGGCCCUCGGUCACCGUUGCCAAAAAACAGUUGUCAAUUCGUCGUGGAGAACGUAUUACUUUGCACUGCGAAGCGAACGGCGAUCAGCCUCUAGAAAUAUCUUGGCGGUCGAAAGCAAGUCGCAUUGACCCAUCCUACGAUAUACGCUAUCAUAUAAAAAACUCGCCUCUAGCUCGUGGAGUAUCAUCGGAGCUAACUAUUUUGCAGACGGUUCUAACAGAUAGAGGCGAAUAUACUUGUAUAGCCAGCAAUGCCUAUGGCCGUGAUCGAAGUGUUAUACAUGUACAGGUACAAGAACCUCCUAAUUUUCCGGUUAAUUUGCAUGUCAGAGAUCUCGGAAGUCGCUCGGUCACAUUGGCCUGGUCUCCAAACGAUCAGGAUUCAAUAAUAUUGGGCGGAGGUGGGAGCAAUAACCGGGACGCUCAACCGAUAUCAAAUUAUAUAUUGCAAUACAAAAAAGCUGGAGAUGUUUGGCAUGAACACAACAACCAGAAGCUACUGCCUGGCGACAGAACUACGGCACAGCUAGGAUCUCUUCGUCCUGCACAAGUCUACCAUAUACGAUUAUUUGCCGAAAAUCAUCUAGGCACCAGCGCCCCAAGCGACAUUUUAUUUGUGCAAACAGAUUCAGAAGUACCAUCUGCGCCGCCACAAGACAUUACUGUCGAGCCGCUUGGGCCACAGCAGUUGCUGAUAACAUGGCGAGCACCUGUACGUGAUUCCUGGAAUGGAGAUCUAUUGGGAUAUACAAUUUCGUAUCAAAAGCAAGGUACUCCAGAUAAUGGUAAAAAUCAGACUAAGGUUGGUAGCCUGAUAACAGAAGGCUUGAAUGACUUUCGUUUAACUGGAUUGGAGAAGUAUACUCAGUAUGGAAUCACAGUCUCGGCAUUUAAUAUAAAAGGCGACGGCCCCCAGAGUGAUGUGGCAUUGGGUCACACUUUGGAGGAUGUUCCUUCCGCGCCUCCUCGAUCGGUGUCAUGCGUUGCGCUAACUGCACAAAAUAUUCAAAUAUCCUGGCAGUCCCCACCAAAGAAACAAUGUCACGGAAUUAUUCAAGGCUAUAAGAUACUGUACGAACCAGGAUUUUUGGAGAGUGAAUACAGCGUGCGGGAAACAAAAAUUACAUCGGCUCUUAGCACAGUUCUUCAUGGAUUGCAGCCUUUUACAAAUUAUAGCGUUCAGGUGCUGGCAUUUACCCGAGCUGGCGAAGGCGUCUUAAGUCCGGCUGUGUCAUGCAUUACGGAAGAAGCGGUACCGGAUGCCCCAGAGCUGGUUAAAUCUGCCGUUAGCACCGAAUCUUCAGUGAUUAUUAGCUGGCUACCACCACGACGACCGAACGGUUUGAUUACCAAGUACAAUGUUUACAUACGAGUACUGGAAAAGGGACAGGAGCUGAAAAUACUAAAGGAAGUCUUGCCAGCACAUAAUCGACAUUUCGAAGCAAAAGACCUUAAUUUGCGAGAAACCUAUGAGGCUUGGGUCACAGCAUCGACAAGGGUGGGACAGGGUCCAAGUACUCCAGUCAUCAAACUGGUGCCGAGCACGUCGAUACCCGCUGCUAUCAUAUCUUUCAGCCAGACUUUGUCCGUCACUUGGAGAUCAGAUAUUAAGCUAGCCUGUAUUUUUGUUGGAAAUCCCAAAGCAAGCGCCGAGUGGAAGAUACUGAAUACGCGCUCUAAAAAGCAGUUCCAACUGGAAGUAAGCAACGAUAAUACAUUAAGUCUUCGCAAUAUUCAACGUUCGCAUGAAGGCAAUUAUUCGUGCGUUGUGCGAAAUCCCGUGGGCUCGGAUCAUAUUGUUUAUCAGCUGUUCGUUCAAGUUCCACCUUCUGCUCCUAUUGUAUCUGUAAAUUCGGUUCACAAAAAUUCAGUAUCAAUUCAAUGGAGAGUUGAUGAUAUCGGCGGUGCUCCGAUUAGAGGGUUUACUUUAACCUACAGGCGGGAAUCGGCCGAAUGGAAUGAGUUUCAAAUUGAUCGGCGUAUUACUUCAUAUAUGAUUGAAAACCUUCAAUGUGGCACCAAAUAUCAAUUUACGAUGAGCACUUUUAAUAAAAUUGGCACCAGUGUCACAAGUGCUAUUGUAUCAGCCCAGACCAAAGGAAACAAACCGCUGGCACCGGAGAAGCACAGCUUUAUACGUUCGAAUACAACAUCAGUUAUCCUAGACUUGUCCUCUUGGCAGGACGGUGGAUGCCCGAUACUUCACUUUAGUAUUGAAUUCAAGCACUAUCAAUCUUCGGGUGAAUGGAUCAUAGUUUCAAAUAAAAUUGAAACCCAUAACCGCUUUAGUAUUGGUGACUUAGAGCCAGGAACGGCCUACCUAUUGCGUGUCACGGCAAACAAUAAUGCUGGUUCAACUGCAAAGGAAUUUUAUUUCAAAACACAGAAUCUGAUUGGGUUAACUGGCAGCUCGGAUCCGGAUGCGCUACCCGAGGAGCAAACUGUACUUACCGAUGCGCACCUUAUAGCUGUUAUCAUAGCCUCAAUAUUUGGAACAAUUCUUGCUCUGAUCGGAGCUUUUAUCUGCUUCAAAAACUAUACACAAACUUUGUUUUCACGCAAUGUGGAUUCAUUAAGGCCACAAAGUAGUACUGCAGAUGGAAAGGAUAUUCAAAGUCAUGAACACUUUUAUGAACAUGAAAACCAGUCCGGAAAUAUUGCUUUAAGCUACACGGGAAGCUCAUUAAAGUACGAUUCUCGCUGUGAAGAUGAUAAUACAUUAUGUAGCUCUGGGUCGAAAGGAAAACGUCCCGUCUCAACUAGUAUAGGUGGAAUUAACCCAAAUGUAAAGCUGACCAGCAAUGUGAUAGUUGAUGACAGCAACAGUACAAGUACUGAAAAGCGACUAAAACGUCGUUCGAAAAUUUUAAAGUCAGAAUCAGAAGAGUACGAUAGCUUAAAUAGUGAUAGCGAGCUUAGUGAGCGAGAGCGCAUUCGUGAAGAAAAUCGUAGUAAUCGUGAUGCUUCCAGUUAUAUUGAUGAGGAAGGAUUAACAGCACAUGGAAGAAAAACAAGAAAUAAUGGAGGAAUUGGUAAAGAUAGGUCUUCUGUAUUUAGCAGACCUCAACUGCAUAGUAACAUCAUGGACAGCGUACCCAUCGACUGCAGGCUCUUUGACCCGUCAGCAAAGCAACAGCGGAAAUCAGCGUACUCUUGUGAUUCCCAGCGGAAAAUUCUCACAAUUAAAUCUUCCAAAGCUACAAUCCAAUGUGCAGAUAUGUCCAGAAGUAUACCCAGUCGUCAGCGAUACAAAGGUGCCGAUAGUAAUACCAACAGCGGCACCCUUAAUCGCGAUUGUGGGGAAGCCCAGAGUAUCGCCCGACCAGUCACACAAUCGGGGUCAUAUAUUGAAAAAUUGAAGCCACAGGAGCCAGAUGAACUCGGUUAUCCCUCAAUGACAUGCUAUAACAAAAACUAUGGUGAUGCGAGUGUAAAGCUAUUCAAGAAUACUGAGGGCGAUCAACUGGAGUUUUUAAGUCAUCAACGUAAUAUUUACAAUAUUGAAUCUCUGGAUUCAUUGGGAGCAUCAAAGGGUCCAAAUAGGUCUCUGGAAUAUCAAGGCAUGGACACUUUAAGCAAUACUGAAACGUUAGCUAUCGGCUCGACCAUGAGCGACCACAAGUUUCAGACGGAAAGCAGCUCAGAAAAUAUACAAAAGCAGUCCAGCAACAUAAAUAAAAACUCGAAAAACGAGCAAUUCGAUUACAUUUUAACUGAGAAGCAUGUUAGUCCUCCAUCAGCCUUUGUCGACAGGGUUGGUUAAUCGUAAAUGCACUUUUAUUAGACACAAAGUUGGUUUAACAUGCAUUUAUUACUUAAAUCUAAUUAUAACUAAUGAAUGUAAAUAAUGAAUAACAAAACAGUUGCAUAUGUACAUAUAGUGUAGUCCAAACAUAACCAUCAGAAUAUUUGAGCUAUAAGAACUGUGUUGUUCUCUUUGACCAUAUAUUAAGCGUUAAACGAUGACAAAGACACAGUUGCAUAACUAUUUGCGACUUUUUUAAAUAAUUUUCUAAUUUUUUGUUCUGCAAAUGAAGAUCUAUUAAAAGUUUAGUGGAAACGAUUGUAAGGUAUUUAUCUUGUAAUGUGGUAUGAUCAGAGAUUUUUGUUGUUCGUGGGUUUUAAAAAAAGGCAUUUAAUCAAUGUUCAAUUGUAAUGUUGUUUGAAGCUCCGAAUUUCAAAGCUCACCCUUCAAAUAUUAUCUGUACAAAUUUUGUAACGAUUUGCAAGAAGAGCAAAGCAACAUUGAUUGUAUUUCGUACUGUUACUACUCGUCUUUUUAAACUAAUAUGUAUUCCUUAUUUAGAAAAACUUAUCGUUUCUGAUACACUGCCAGUCAAAUUAUUCCAGUCAAUUUGGCAAACAUAUAUACAUAUCUAUAUAUGCGUAUAUUUUGCCCAUAUCUGAUAUUUAGUACUAAGUACUACAUUAGAAUGGAAACAAAAACAAUCUUCCAAUUAUUGCAAUUAAAUA